AUGGGUGGGUCAAUAUCAAAAUUAUUCUCCGGCCUUGUUUGGGGCAAGAAAGAUAUAAGGAUUUUGAUCCUGGGAUUGGAUAAUGCCGGCAAAACGACCCUUCUUUACCGUCUGAAGAUCGGAGAAGUGGUGACCACAAUACCAACAAUUGGUUUUAAUGUCGAGUCGGUACAAUACGGCAAUCUAAAUUUCGACGUCUGGGAUCUUGGUGGCCAAACGUCGAUAAGGCCAUACUGGCGAUCUUAUUAUGCAAACACGGCGGCCGUCAUUUUUGUUAUUGACUCGACCGAUAUUGAGCGAUUAGAAAUCGCAGCAGAUGAAUUGAGAUCAAUGUUGAACGAAGAUGAGCUCAAAGAUGCUGCACUAUUGGUAUUCGCCAACAAGCAGGAUCAACCUGGUGCACAAGGCGCUGGAGAGAUCUCGGAGGCGUUGAAAUUAGGUGAACUGAGGGAUAGAAAUUGGAGUAUUGUUGCGUGCUCUGUCAUUGAUGGAAAAGGCAUCAAUGAGGGUAUGGACUGGCUCUCGUAA